CUCUCUCACCCGGUUUCGGCGGCGGGUUAGCCGGGGCCGUUCAACUGGGGCUGCUUGGACUUGGGGUGUGAGACGAGCGACAUGAGCACGUGCUCCGUCUCCAAGGGCUGCUUUGUCUUUAAACCAAGCCCCAAGAAGAGAAGGUUGUCUCAUAAACCAGAUCAUGGUUUUGGAGAAGAAAAGGGUGAUUCAGAGGACAGUGAGCUGCGGUUUGCUACUUGUCAGUCCUUAUGGAGUAAGAUCAAAGCAGAAACAGAGCAAAUACAGGAAGACUUGAAUAAGCAGUUAUUUGAUAAUCUAGUAAGUUUUUUGAGGCAGUCUCAUUCUGACUUCCAAGAGAAGACCACAGAAUGGACUCGUGGGAUGAAGCCCAGAGAAAUCCCUACUGCAGCUCUUGUUUUAGGUGUAAAUGUUACAGAUCACAACUUGACUUUUAGAAGUCUCUCUGAAGUCCUUCAGAAUAACAUUACUCCUUAUAUAGCCUUGCUGGAAGCCAAAGAUUGUGCAGGCAUAAAAAAUCUCAUGCAGAAGCUGAUGGGGCAGCUGAUGAACUGCCAUAUAGAUGAGGACUCAUUGGAAGAUGAAGAUUAUGUGCAGGUGUCCCAGAAGAGAAUACGUUGUUCAAUGACAACUCUUGUCAGCUGGUAUGAAAGUGUUACAAAGAAAACAGAUUCUGGAACUCCAAGCAAAAGAACAAGUCCUUCUUCUAGUCAUGGGCAAUAUCCUCCAGUUGUAGUUAUAUUAAAAGACAUGGAGAGUUUCAGCACAAAAGUACUUCAAGACUUCAUAGUCAUCAGCAGUCAGCAUAUCCAUGAACUACCUCUAGUACUGAUUUUUGGAAUUGCUACAUCUCCAAUGAUGAUCCACAAUGUGCUUCCUCACUCUGUUUCCUCUCUGCUGUGCAUAGAGCUUUUCCAGUCCCUUUCCUGUAAGGAUCACCUGUCUACUGUAAUUGACAAGCUGCUCCUGACAACCCAGUUUCCCUUUAAACUUGGUGAGAAAGUUCUGCAGGUUCUUAUCAACAUAUUCUUGUACCAUGAUUUCUCUGUCCAGAAUUUUAUCAAAGGAUAUCAGCUCUGUAUUGUGGAGCACUUCUAUUCCCAGCCUCUUAGUGUCUUGUGUUGCCAACUGGAAGAUGCCAAGAUGCAAGCCAAUGCUUUAUCACACGGGCAGUGCGAAAACGUUCGUAGGCUGCCCUCUUUUAGAAGGUAUGUGGAAAGUCAAGUGUCAGAGAAACAGAUUGCACUGCUGACAGAAGACAGCUGCUUAAAGGAAACAGUGCAGGAGUUGCUGGAGGACUUGCAAGUUUACCAUGAAAAUUAUGUUUCAGUUCUGAGAUGUCUUCACGUUUUCACAUCCUUUCUUCCAAAGCAUCCUUUGGGCAAGCAGAUCAGGGAGCUGCACUGUACGUGUUUGGAAGACCGCGUGUGGGAGACAGAGGAGUAUGAGUCAUCUCUUCAGCUAGCAAGGAUGUUGAAUAAGUCUGAUUUGGUAACCAUGCUUCAACAAUGUGUGGAAAUCUUUGUGUCAUCUUCUGGAAAGGGGUUUGAUAAGAUAGUAGAGAAGCUGAAGGAGUUCUUGACCCAGUUUCAGCAACUAGAAGUAGCAGAAGCUAUCCAAGAACAAGAUGUGUCCGUAUCGUCACAAAAGGAGCUCCAGAAGAAGACAGACCUUUAUCAUCUUCAGAAGACUUUGCUGGAGCUGAAGGAAUCCAGGAGGUGUAAGAAACUGACAAAGUUUGAAGUGCUUCGUUUUGAAGUUGUUGACUAUAUAGACAGCCUUGUAAGAGAGUACCUUGUUCCUGCAGACCACAAAACUCUGCAUGAGGUGGUGUACUUCAACACAGCCAGUGUUCUGCGUGAGCACUUGAAUGCUGCCCCCAGGAUUGCACUCCACACAGCUUUGAACAACCCAUUCUGCUACCUGAAGAAUCAAACUUUGCAAACUGAUGGAGGAGGCAUUUCUAACAAAGCCCCUGACAUAUGCAUAGCAUACAGGCUCCACCUGGAGUGUGGCAGAUUAAUCAAUCUCGUUGAUUGGUUAGAGGCCUUCUCAACUGUGGUGAUGGCAGCUGAGGGACCAAAGGCAGAUGCAGCUUCCUCAGCCCAGGAUGAUGAUGUUAUCCACGCUCGUUUUAUUCGAGCUGUUUCUGAACUGGAACUCUUAGGCUUCAUCAAGCCCAGCAAGCAGAAGACAGACCACGUGGCAAGGCUGACAUGGGGAGGCUGCUAAUGUGCCAGUGAGAUCUUAAUAAACCUGUUCUUCCUCACAUUGUGCAAGGGCCGUUCCCACUGAACCAGCCUGCGCUUACUUUGCAUACUGAGUCAAAGUCAACGCUGACUGCGUGUUGUGAGAUACAUUCCGAGUGCUCGGAUAGGCACGAAUAGCAAUGUUGGUUUGUAAGAGUCAGCCUCCCUCUGUAAUGUACUGCUCCAUUAAUGCUCAUGUUCCAGAUGCUGUAUUGUUGUGCCAGAUUUUAUCUUCUUUGAUGUGUGGUGUUUCAUGCUAUACUGAUAUAAUUCGGGCUAGCAAGCCGAAAGGACAGCACUGGCUGUGUAAGCAACAGAAGUGAGGAAGCAGUGUUAUUAACUUGCUCAUCAGUUGAUGAGCUCUGAGUCAUGAAAUGCCUUCCAGAUCCUUGAACUACAGCUUUAGAAAGAAAUAAAAGCAAGUACACUAAGAAAGACCCAAGUAAGAUUCCAUGUUCA